AAGACGAGCUGAAGCUAGCACCUGUCCCAGUCAAUGUAGAAGGGAACGAAACCAAGGAGGAAAUUGGUGAGGAUGUUGGUGAGGAUGUAAUGGAGGGUUUAAACAAGCUGGAUCAAGUCAUCGACGAGGAGUCCGAGGUGAUCGCUUCUCAAGAGUUGGAGGCUGUCCGUCAUGAGCUUGCCGCCAAAGAAGAGGAGUUACAAGAACUACGUUUACGAACUGACACGCUGAAUGAGAGAGAGGACGAACUGAUCAGCUUGCGGCGAGAGAAUGAGGAACUCAAAAUGCGAAGCGGAGAACACGGUGAGCUGUUAAAUAAAGACGAGUCUUUGGUCGAAAAAGAUCGCGCGUUGGAGGAGCUUCGACAAGAGAACGAGGAAAUGCGAAGAAGAAUCAGUGAGCUGGAGGAAAAGCUCAAGAAUGAAAUAGCUAUGCGAGAUCGCGAAAUCGAAAGGCUUUACGCUCGAAACAACGAACUUUCGUCCAACGAUAAAGAGCUGGAGAAUUUGAGACAGUUACGCGAUACGUUUGUUUCUCAAGAAAAGGAACUCGAGAAGUUGAGACUUAUGAAUCAAGAUUCCAGCUCUGGUCAACAUGAGCUUGCUGCUAAACUUACCGAGCUGCAACAGAAGCACGACGAAUUGUUAAUGGAGGUAAGUGAAAUGGAGAAAUUGAAGCGAGUAAAUCAAGAGCUCACUCGCAAAGUUGACGAAGGUGAUAUAUUUCGAAAAGAGUUGGAGAAAACCCAAGCAGAGAAGAAAGAUUUGGUUGAGAAGUUGAAGGAGGUAGAGCGCGAGAGGAGAGAAUCUAAAAAAAGUGAAAACAACGAUGCGGAAAACUUGAGACAGAGAAACCUUGAGGUAGCGGCCAAGAGCAAAGAUGCAGAGGAGAUGAGGACAAAUAUUAUCAAGUUGACUGCCCAGAUGCGUGAAAUGGAAAAACAGAGCCAAGAGAAGGCGAACAAGCUGCAGAAAGAGCUGCAAGACGCCGCUUCCGAGAAAAAACAGCUUCUGGACAGGAUAGCCGAGUUGGAAGAAAGUCAGGCUCAGGAUAAAGAUGUGGAAAACAGCUCAAAGGAGGUUGAGGAUUUAAAACUCGAGAACAUCUUCUUGGUGGAAAGGGCGAAAGAAAUAGAUGAACUGAAGUCUGCUGUGGCCAAACUAGCGGCAGAAGCCAAGGAAAACUUGUCCUUUAAGGAGAAGUACAAAGAGCUUUGUGAUGUGGAGACUUAUUUAACCAAACAGGUUAGCACCGCAGAAACAAUUGCCCGACAAAAAGACAAGAAACUGAAAGAAUCAGAAAACAAGAUAAAUACUUUGACCGAAGCUGUUAAAGACAUGGAGGCCAAGCUGGAGGAGCAGGAGCAAAAUAAGUUAUACCUGGACCAGCUACUGGCCAUGCUGAAGGACAGGGACCCGACCCUCUUACACGUCAUCAACACUUCGCUUGCGUCAAGCGAGCAAGAGGAAUGGUGCUGAAUGAUGAAGUUGUUUCUACAGUUUUUUAGACUGCCUUUUAUUGCACGGACCGAGGCGUUUUUGAAGUUAACCGUCGAAAUGCUGUACACAGAUCCGGCGCUGUUAGAUAGUUUCAAAACAUCAGGUUAGAUCAGAUAGUGACGUAGGUUACUUACCUUUCAGGUAGCUUAUGUUAUGAUUCAGAUUGGUUUAAAGUAUCAAUAAUAGUAAAUCCACCCGUUUUCAUACAUUUUUCGAUAUUAAUGAGUAGGUCAUUUUAUUGUUAGGAAGUCAAGAGAACAUCUUCUGUCUCAAAAGCUUCCAUCAAUGAACCGAGCCCGUGGUUUUUAUCAGUGAAGUUGCUAAACAACCCAUCUCUCUGCACGACGCUGUGAUUGCUCGUGUCGCUUGAAAAAUACUUGGUCCAAACUCUUCGAGUUUUUUUUAACGAAAACACCAUUUAAUUCUUUGAUCUAGAUUAACUUCCUAUUUGCUUGGUAUUUUAACAGUGUACGCGACAUCGGCUGAACCAAUAUGCAACGGGUGAACCAUAAAGUAAAUAUAUUACAAAGAGAAAACAUUUUUAAAAAUAUAUAUUUAACGAAAACGUCAGUGCCUUUCACGAUGAAAGGUUAUCCUCUUUCAUCUCGGAUUUCCAAAGGGAGGGAAGGGUAACCUUUGAAAACAUUUAUAGACAACAAAUACUCUGAAUGGAGAAUGCAGUAGCUAGAAAAAAAAAAAAAAAA